AAAGUCAGCGACUCCUUCUCUCUCUUGAAAAGAAAAAGAAAAGAAAAACCAGUCUUAAAUUGCUUUUGACGAGAAGAAAGAAGACAUCGAUCGAUCAGUUUUGUUCUAAAACCUUGAAGAAAAACGCUUGGUUUCUUUCAUAUUCCCUUUCAAAAUCAAAACAUUUGCAUGUCUUUGACGUCUGGAAUCAGUUUGGUGCAAAUUAAAGCUGAGAGAGGAGCCGAGAUUGAAUAUAGAUGUAGUAGAUUUGUAUGACAGAAUCAGCUCUUCGUUUUCUUACAUGUUUGUUUCUUUACACAUGGAUAACUACCAAGGUGAAGGUGAUUUAAACGACAUAGUUCGGGCAAGUGGCGGUGGUCCGUUGAGCUGUGCCACUGGUCACGGUUCUAACACUGUUCCUGCUUCAAGCUGGCAGCAAUUCCCCUCCGAUCCAUUGAAUUUCCCUUCUUCAGCCAUGGAAGAUCACGGUUUAAACGCUUUUGGUGACCCUUUCUCCGCCAUGAGAGAUCCACUUCUUCACGAGCUUGACGUAGCAGCUGGUUGUUCAGCUUACUUUAGCAGCCCUAAUUCAACUGAUCAUAUCAUCAAUACUACCAGCUCCGCCACCGUUGAAGCUGAUACUUGCAACUUUUCCGGUUCGAGUACAAUGGUUGGGCAAGGUAAGCUGUUUGAAGAAGACAUGCCAAGUCCUUGCAACAUAUUUUCUCGGAUUCAGAUCUCGGCAAGCUCGAGUAAGCUACCUGUGUCGCCCUGUGAUUCGCCGAUGAUGGCUGCUUGCGUUUCCCCGAGAGGAAUUAAGGCGCCUGCUGUGCUUCCGAGCGACAUGAUUAAUGCUAACACCUCAAAAAGUUGCUUGAUUGAUAGCACAGGCCCAUUGCAGAUCUCAUCUCCGCGGAAUCUGGGCAUCAAGAGAAGGUUAGGAAAGAGCCAGGUUAAGAAGGUGGUUUGUAUUCCAGCACCGGCAGCUGCAAACAGCAGGUCUAGUGGAGAAGUAGUUCCUUCGGAUCUGUGGGCAUGGAGAAAGUACGGACAGAAACCAAUCAAAGGUUCCCCUUAUCCAAGGGGCUACUACAGGUGCAGCAGUUCCAAAGGCUGCUCUGCAAGGAAGCAAGUGGAGCGAAGCCGUACUGAUCCUAAUAUGCUUGUAAUCACCUAUACAUCCGAGCACAACCAUCCAUGGCCGACCCAAAGAAACGCUCUUGCGGGAUCAACAAGGUCUCAACCAUCCAAAAACAAUAAUAAUAAUGCUGCUGCUUCCAAGAUUACCUCACCACGUUCCCAGACCCAAAACGCAGUAACCCCAAAGGAAGAAGACCUUAAAGAGAGCAGCAAUGAUGCUUUAUCUCCCACCGUUGCAGCUGUUAACUCAACCGCAAGCGCAUCAGCUAAAGAAGAGAGUGAAGAUAUGGAGAAGCAGCUGGAAAUAGACGAUGCUGAAUUUGGUGAAGGAAUCCCCGAAACCUACAGACCUGCAUUAAUGGCUGGAGACUCGCAGCAACCCGAAGAUUUCUUUGCUGAAUUGGAUGAGAUAGAGACAGACCCUCUGAAUCUAUUGUUCCCACAAGGAUUCGGUGGUGGUGAUCAAGAUGAGCAGAAAGAAAAGAAAAUAAUGGAUCCUUUUGGUCUGUUUGAUUGGCCACCAGGGAACAACGAUGCUUCUUUCUGAAAGACGCCAAAAAAGGGUUUAUAGCAAGACCUUGUUUUAGAAGCAACAAAUCUCCACACUAAACAAUAAUUCAAGGUCCUCCUAUAAACCUUGUUAGUGGAAUAUUAUUAUAACUUAAAAAAUUUCUUUGGGGGAGUUAUAAUGUUAUUGUUAUUUACCAGAAUAGUACGGAGAUUAGGGGGGGAAAACGACGGAGGCGCUGGGAUUGGGAGUGGAGUCCCACAUUCCUUUUGGAUGGGACAGAAAGCUGAGGAACAGAAGGUUUGAAUAGUGGUAACAAGUACGUGCCCAUCAGACAUGACUGGAAAACUCAGGGGCAGGCAGCAGUUUGAUUUAGGAUGGGACUUGCCCUUUCUUCUUUUUUCUUUUUCUUUUUCUUUUUUUGAGUGGAAAUUAAUUACUAUUCUUCUUAUGAGAAAAAAAAAAAAACACCCCAUGAUUAAAAUGCUUUGAUGGUGAGGAAAUAAGUGGUAAAAAAAUCAUUUGAAAAGCUUGACUUUUCUUGUCAAAUCUUGUUGUCUAGGGAUAUGUGCAAUGGUGAGAGAGAAGUAUAUUUUUUUUUUCUUUUAAACAAGCUUCGGCCUUGGCCUUGGGUUCCUCAGCUUUCUGUUUCUUUUAUUAUAUAUCCAUCCAACCACCUAACUGUGUAAUUCCAUUUAUUUAGUAUUAGUAUUUGGAGCUUGGCAUGGGAGAGAAAUUCAGAAAUUUGCCACUUUUUUUUCUUUUUGUAUUUUUGGGUACACUAUUUUUCUUAUAAUUCAUAUUAUCAUAUUCUGUUCAAUGCAUUGUAAGGACAGUUUUCAAAACCAUCUACAUUAAUAGUAGCAGUAUUUUUAAUUUUAAAA